CCCACUGCCCUACCAUGCACCUCCUUUGCAGCUGCUGUCUUCUCCUGCUUUUCUCCGUGGGAGCCCAGGGAGCCCUGGAGACCCCCAAAGCUACCCCAGAGCAUGUCCAUCUGUCCUACCCAGGUGAGCCCGGCUCUAUGACUGUGACCUGGACUACAUGGGUCCCUGCCCGCUCGGAAGUGCAGUUCGGGAUGCAACUGUCGGGGCCGAUGCCCCUCCGGGCACAGGGCACCUUAACUACCUUUGUGGAUGGGGGUGUCCUACGGCGCAAGUUCUACAUCCAUCGGGUGACUCUGCGCAAACUGCUACCCGGGGUCCAGUAUGUUUACAGGUGCGGUAGUGCCCAGGGCUGGAGCCGUCGGUUCCGCUUCAGGGCCUUGAAGAAUGGGGUUCAUUGGAGCCCCCGGCUGGCUGUGUUUGGGGACAUGGGGGCUGACAACGCGAAGGCCCUCCCACGCCUUCGCAGGGACACUCAGCAGGGCAUGUAUGAUGCCAUUCUCCAUGUGGGAGACUUCGCCUACAACAUGGACGAGGACAAUGCCCGCGUCGGGGACAGGUUCAUGAAGCUCAUCGAGCCCGUGGCCGCCAACCUGCCCUACAUGACGUGCCCUGGGAAUCACGAGCAACGCUACAACUUCUCUAACUACAAGGCUCGCUUCAGCAUGCCGGGGGACAAUGAGGGCCUGUGGUACAGCUGGGAUCUGGGUCCAGCCCACAUCAUCUCCUUCUCCACCGAGGUCUACUUCUUUCUCCGUUACGGCCGUCACCUGGUUCAGAAACAGUUUCGCUGGCUGGAAAGGGACCUCCAGAAAGCCAAUCAGAACCGGGCAGCGCGGCCGUGGAUCAUCACCAUGGGUCACCGGCCCAUGUACUGUUCCAACGCCGACCUAGAUGACUGCACAAAGUACGAGAGCAAGGUCCGCAGAGGCCUUGGGGGCAAGUAUGGGCUGGAGGAUCUUUUCUACAAGCACGGGGUGGACCUGCAGCUGUGGGCUCAUGAACACUCGUAUGAGCGGCUGUGGCCCAUUUACAACUAUCAGGUAUUUAAUGGGAGCCGCCAGCAGCCCUACACUCACCCUCGAGGCCCUGUCCACAUCAUCACGGGAUCUGCGGGCUGUGAGGAGCGUCUGACACCCUUCGUCAUCAGGCCGAGGCCCUGGAGUGCCGUGCGUGUUAAGGAGUAUGGGUACACGCGGAUGAACAUCCUCAACGGGACCCACCUCCACAUGCAGCAGGUGUCUGACGACCAGGAUGGGAAGAUUGUGGAUGAUUUCUGGUUGGUGAGACCUCUGCACGGCCGGACGAUGUACCUCUAGGCACGUGGGCUGUUCUCAUCAGGACUCUAGGCCUUGCUGCCUUGGCUGGUGGGACUGGACCAUUGGCCCCAGCCUGGGUGGGGAGUCAGGGUGGGCCCCACUCCCCUGCCCUCCAGAGGCCACGAGUGAGGUACACACAGCUUGAAGGAAGGCAGCUCUCCCUCCUCCAGACACAUGGAAGUCCUAGCUGGCUGCGUGGAGGGAGGGAGGGCGGGCAGGCAUGAGGCUCGGUGCACCCUCCUCUUAGCGCUGACCGGGCGGGGUACCCAGGGGCCUCAGAAUAAAGAGGCUUGCAGCCCUGGCCCUGUGCACUCACGCCUCCGCUGGCCACGCCCCGAGCCGCCUCCCCGACCCGGUGUCCACCCUGUGCCGGGCAUCGCCAGCCGCAAGGCUGCAGGUGGACACAGCCGUCAUGCCCUCGAUUCCCAGCAGGUGGCGUCGAUAACCUUUUCUUCCCAUCCGGGUCCUCUGUCACUCAAACCUACCCUCGGACUCCAUGGCCCGGGAAGUGCUGCCCAAUGUCCCUUUGUGCCUCAGUUUCUCAGCCAGUGCUGUCUUCUGUGAAAAGAGGGGAGACGAGGAGGAGACAUGAUAACAUUUCUAAAUUCUGGCUGGGGACUGAUGGGCCUCAGGAGCUCAUAAACCUGUCAGGUUCUUCCCGUUUUUCUUCCUUCCUUUCUCUUUCCCUUCCUCUUUUUAUUUAUUCAGCCAUGAUUUAUGGAGCAUCGGCUAUGUGCCAGGCUAUGUUCUCAGCUCUAGGAAGCCAGCCCUGAGCAAGACACCUCACUGCCCCCAUGGCGUGGGCUUUGCAACCUGGGAUUGGACAGGAAACCCCAUACAUAAGGAAGUUACAGGCUGAUGAGGGCUCAGAAAAGGCAGGCAAGAGAGACAGAGAGAGGAACAGGGUUAGUUUUCAGGGAGCCAUCCCUGGGAGGUCACAUUUGAUCUGAAGGAGAUGAGGGAGGAGACUGGUGCAAAAGCCCUGGGACAGAGACAGGGCCCAGGCUGGGGUGUGGGUCCUGAGGCAAAGGAACAAAGGGUGUGGGAGGGGUGGCGUGGGAGGUGGCCAUGCAGGCAGAACCUUGUGGGCCACAGUGAGGGCUUGGGUGGAGCCACAGGAUGGCCCUGAGCUGAGGAGAAAUUUGAUCGGAUUCUGGCAGUCUUGGGGUUCCCAGCCCUGCAGGCUGACCCCCUCAUUCACCCUCCUUUCUGCAGAACAAUUUUGGGCUCUUCCCAUCUUAAUCUCAGCACCCUUACCCCUUGAGGCUCACAAGCCUCUGGGUUGAUUCUGGAACACACCAAGCCCCCAUGGAGCUGCAGGCCUCGCCCCAGCAGACCCAUUUGAGCCCUUGAACCUACCCCGUGACCUCAACUAACACAGAUCUCCUCAUGGUACCCUCUUUGAUUCCAUUUAUUCCUUGUCCAUCUUCCUUCUGGGCUGGGAGGUCCAUGACCAGGGACUUUUGUUUACAGCUGAGCCUGUCACCCCCACAAAACCUUCCAGGCUCCUCCUCAAGCCAGGCUAACAGUGCACAGGAGGUCUAGCACAGGCUGCACCCUGCAUGGCCUGGUGCCAUGUUGGUCAUGUCC